AAUUUUUUAUUUUUGUUUUAUUUUCUUCUCCCCCGGGCUUUUUCAGCAACACUUCUCACAGGCACAAAAAAUACAUUAUGUCUACUAAUCACAACGCGAUACAGUCCACGACUACCUACGAGAAAAUAGCCUCGGCAUGCACUGGUGCUAUCCUGACAUCCAUCCUGGUGACACCCAUGGACGUUGUCAAAAUGCGACUACAAACACAAGCCAUGAAUGCAGCGGCUGCCCAGAAUUACAAAUCAGCAAAGUCGUUCUCCUCCGUCUGCUGCAUGCCCGCCGACUUGAAGAAAGUAGCGGGAGAGGUCUGCAAAUGGAACACCAUUCCACGACAUGAGCGAAAGCGCCUUUCUCCUACUAAACUUCGGGCAGCAGCUAUGCACGAAUGUAGUCAUGGAGUAUUACGUUUGGAUGCAGCCAGCCGUGCCUCUCGACCCUCCGGUGGUAUUCUGGAUGGUGUUACUAAUAUCAUCAGACAAGAAGGUCCCACAUCUCUUUGGAGAGGAUUGUCUCCCGCCCUGGUGAUGUCUGUUCCUGGAAAUAUCAUCUACUUUGUAGGCUAUGAUUAUCUUCGAAAUGCCAUCAAGGAUUGGACUGUUUACAAGCAGAAAGAUUAUGCCCCUCUUAUUGCUGGAGGUGCUGCCCGAGUGGUGGCUGUCACGGCUAUUUCGCCCAUUGAACUCUUCCGGACUCGCCUUCAAGCUGCCAAAGGUGUUGAUGGCUUUGCCUCUGUGAUGAAUGGAGUAGUCAAGCUGGUGGAAAAAGAAGGCGCAAAGGCCCUUUGGCGAGGUCUCCCUCCCACUCUUUGGAGAGAUGUGCCUUUCUCAGCGUUGUAUUGGAUGGGCUAUGAAGAAAUGAAAGCGUCUUUGAGCACAACAGGCAUGAGCGACUUCAAUCAAUCCUUCUUGGCCGGCGCGUCGUCGGGCAUGUUUGCCGCCAUGGUCACCACCCCGUUUGAUGUGGUCAAAUCGCGACGACAAAUUGAUGCUGGUCGAGAUGUUCCAAUGUUUAAGGAUAUUCGUGUCCCAGCCAUGUUACGACAAAUUAUUCAGCAAGAAGGAUAUCAAGGAUUGUUCCGAGGCCUAACCCCUAGAAUUGCCAAAGUUGCUCCGUCCUGCGCUAUCAUGAUCAGCUCUUAUGAAGUUGGAAAAUCCUUCUUUGCCAAAUCACGCGAACAACUUUGAAUACCUAUAUAACGUUUACCAUAGAAAAUCCCCUUAGAGACAAAAGCAUCAUUCCUCCCUCCACUGUAAAAUAUCGUUCCUCACUCUCCCUUUCUACUACAAUACCCACACUUCUCAGUCCCUUGGGACACCCUUUCUCACUCAUUAAUGCCUACCAUGCAUGAUCUAAGCCAUGCUGACGCCUUCUUACGUAUUUGGAAAAAAAAAUGGUCCACCUUACCGUUUAACAAACACACGUUGGUGACACUCUGAGUCUAUGA